CUUACAUUCCACCAUUCUCAUUCUCAUUCUCAUUCACUUCUCUUCUAAUUCCCUCCUCCCCCUUCACUCUUUUUCUUAUUCUGCCCUCUGUCUAUUUUGAUCUCCAAUCCUUAAUAUAUAAUUUGUAUUUUUGUUUGCUUCAUCUUUUUGUAUUCUAUAUCUUAAACUCAUAAUCAUCUAAAACGCAAUGGGGAAGGACUCAAAGGAGCAAAAGAUUGAUCGCUCCGAACAGAGGCUUCGAGAGCUGGGCUAUAAGCAGGAACUGAAGCGUGAGCUUACCUCAUUCACAAAUUUCUCAGUCUCCUUUUCUGUCGUCUCCAUUCUCACUGGCUUGACCUCUCUUUAUGGAACGGCUCUGAACUCUGGCGGACCGGCGGUCAUCAUCUGGGGCUGGGUAUUUGUUUCUGCUAUGUCGAUGUGUGUAGCAGCUUCGAUGGCAGAGAUCUGUUCCUCUUAUCCAACAAGCGGCGGUCUGUACUAUUGGAGCAGCAAGCUCGCUGAUGACAAGGGUCCUUUUUACGCCUGGGUUACAGGAUGGUGGAAUCUACUUGGACAAUUUGGAUGUACAGCAGGAAUCGAUUUUGGAUUAGCGCUUCUGUUCUGUUCUGUUAUUUCGCUCGCAAAUGGAUGGGCAUAUGAACGAUGGCAUGUAGUCCUGGUGUACUUUUUAAUCUUGAUCGUCCAUGGCCUCAUUAACACAUUUUUGAUCAGGUUCAUGGCAAUCAUGAAUACUAUUUCUGUCUGGGUCCACAUUGGUGGAGUGAUCAUCAUUUUGGUGACUCUAUUGGUCAAAACAGAGAACAAGGCAUCGGCUUCGUUUGUUUUCACAGGAUUUGUGAAUAAUACUGGCUGGAGCAGCACUGUUUACGUUGUUCUCUUGGGUCUCUUGCAAUCACAGUUCACGAUGACUGGAUAUGAUGCCUCUGCACAUAUGACAGAAGAGACCAAGAAUGCUGAUGUCGCCGGACCUAUCGGAAUCCUUAUGGCAGUUGGUGUAUCUUUUGUUGCUGGUCUCGGCUACUUGCUUGCUUUGACAUUCGGUAUCCAAAACCUGGAUAAUGUUCUCAACAGCUCUACAGGAAAUCCGAUCACUCAAAUCUUUUUAGACUCUGUGGGAGAGACAGGGGCCAUUCUACUGCUCGUUAUUCUGCUCUUGGCUCAAUUUUUCUGUGGCAAUGCUUCUGUGACGGCCAAUUCACGUAUGAUCUACGCAUUCUCCCGAGAUGGUGCCAUGCCCGGAUCCAAAUACUUUCACAAGAUCCACCCAACCCUCAAAACCCCUGUCUGGGGCGUCUGGCUUUCAUGCUUUGUUUCCGCAUUGUUGGGACUCCUUUAUUUAGCCAACUCUGCAGCUUUCUCUGCCAUCACUAGUAUUGCAACUAUUGGCUUGUACAUCUCCUACGGCCUUCCAACAUUCUGCCGCAUCGUGUUUGCACGCAAUAGUUUUGAACCUGGCCCCAUUUCCCUGGGUCGUCUGAGUAUCCCUAUUGGUACUUUGGCUUGUAUCUGGAUUAUAAUCAUCACUGUAUUGUUUAUUCUUCCUGGGUCUUCUCCUGUGACAGCCACCAACAUGAAUUACACGAUCGUCAUUGUUUCUGCUGCGGCGAUCUACAUCUUUGGCAACUGGUACUUCAAUGCGCGUCAUUGGUUUAAGGGCCCUGUCGCCAACAUUGACCUCGAGGACAAUGAGAAUGACUUUGUGGCUGGAUCACUUAGCAAUAAUAACAAACAUGCCUUUGGUGACAAGCAAGAGCUCCAGGGACAAGAGGAAAUGGUUGCUACCCAAGCGGAGUCUGGUGUGCCUGAUAAAACAGAAUUGGACGAGAAAGCAACUUAAUCAAAACAUAUUUAGUUGACAGAGAGUCUAUCACUUGAAACCAAUAUACAUGUAAUCAAG